AAAAAAAGCAUCUGAGAAGAGCACUGAUUCAAUCGAAGAACUUCGAACAAUGGACUCACUCCGAUCCUUCACUUCGAUGACUCUCAGUAAUUGGCCAUUCCCAUCUUACGAUGAGCGGGUCAACAGUUUGGCAGAGCUUAAACACCCAGCGCGAUUCAGGCUCCCUAUUGAAAGCGAGUUGUAUCUUCAACUCUACCGACCUGUGCUCCCCGAUGUCGACAGAGGUCACUUGUCUAAACUUGGCUGUCUCCUAAGCUUGGGAGCAACAUGGCUAGCAAUUCUUGGGUGUCUUAUCGGGCCCAUCUUCAUUACUGCGCUGGCAAUAUUUGCAACUUAUCUAGUGGUGAGAAAGCGGAAAGGACCUCAGCCUGCUGCGUGAGGACAUUUCCAGACGUUGACGGGCUUGGUUGAUGAUCGGAGUCUGGAUCCCGCGGGAAAGUUAUGGUGGGGUAAUAAAGGGGGUUUGGAUGAUGGGAUUAGGUGUGCGGGGACGAGUAUGAGAAAGGAGGAAUUGGGGGAUAUUAUGAUGAUGGAUGCUGUUUAUGCUGGGCGGUGAAUGACUUAAUUGCAUGUUAAUAAUGAUAAUGAAU